GUCAAAUGAUAAAUGACAAAAUUGUUAAUUGUGCCAAUAUUAAUUAGCAGUCAGCGGAAUCAAUUGUAAAGGUCUUUGAUUGUAAAUCAUUGAACGAAUAAUCAGUUUUUAUAAGUGGACAAUUAUCUAGAACAAAACAGUGUCCAGGAUGAUGGCCGCAAAAGUUAUGCCGGAGACGGAGGAGCAGAAUAGAAUAAGAUUUCAAGUGGAAUUGGAAUUUGUUCAGUGUUUAGCUAAUCCCAAUUAUAUACAUUUUCUAGCACAGCGCGGCUACCUGAAGGAGCAGACGGUGGUUAACUACCUCAAGUACCUGCAGUACUGGCGCGAGCCGGAGUAUGCGCGCUACCUCAAGUAUCCCAUGUGUCUGCACUUCCUUGAGCUGUUGCAACACGAAGCUUUCAGAAGAGAAUGUGUCUCUGCACAGGUUUGCAAAUUCAUGGAUGACCAGGCAAUUUUACUGUGGCAACACUACACGAGGCGUCGCACGCGCACGCUGCAGCCGCCGGAUGCGCCCGCGCCGGCCGCUCCCAACGCGCCGCCGACGCAGGGACCGCCGCGCCACCAGACAUAGGUAGUAUCUAGAUACUUUACAUUAGAGCUGGUUCUACAUAUUCCUAAAUAUUAGGUGGAAUUUUACAUUACAUUCGGUAGGAUUUAUAAAGGAUUUUUACUUCAUAGUAACCCACUGUAUUUCAAUGUUUAUUAAAGUUACAUAAACAUAAACUGCCUAUAUACGUCCCACUGCUGGGCACAGGCCUCCACUCAAUCAACCGGAGGGGGUAUGCUCAGCAUGUUGGAGUAUGCUCCAUACCCCCUCCGGUUGAUUAUUAAAGUUAAAUAAAGUGAAAUUUCAAUAUUUGGGAAUGAGUAGUGUAAUUUUUAGUACAUCAUCGAAAUAUAAUGAUAUUUUUUCAAAGGGAAAGUAGUUGUGAUGGGUUGGUUACUGGUGUUUUCUAUCGAUAUUUAUUUUAGUUUGGUAGUUUAGUUCUUAAUGCUUAUAAAAAUUACUAAAUUAGCAGUAGAAUUGUGUAUCUGCAGAGAGUGUACUUAAAACAUAUAAUUUAGACAGACAACUAUCACUCAUACUCCUUGUGUGAGUGGGCAGAGCCAUAAUGCCUUACCGAGUAAGAGUGAGACAGAGAGUACGCGUGCGCUGCUCUUUACUCUAGAGUAAGGACCAGUCUAGACUAAAGUAACGCUCAGAGUGGGCGAGGUAAAUCGAAUUCGGCGCCCAAUACGAAUUGGGGCAGCAUGGAGAGCUACCUUUCUAUACGCAGCAUUAUUCUUUAUUUAAUGCUAUCGGCCAAUGUAUUUUUAUUAAAAUAUAAGGUCCAUUUUCAAAAGCAUUUUUACUCUGUAUUUAUUAUAUUUCGAUGGCGUUAAUGUAGUCAUAAGUUGAUUAUGUUUAAGAAUGAAAAUGAUAAAGUCAUUUAAAUUACAAAAACUCAAAAAUAACACAUUGUAUCCACGCAAUGUAAUAAAACCACAUAAAACUAAUUCGUAAAUGUAAAAUCUUAAACAGACAUUGAAUGUAAUUCAUCACUUGUAUAUUAGGUGAUAGAUAAUCAUCUCUCAUAAGCAUAAGCAUUUGUAUAGAGACUGAGUAUGAUUAAGUAUUUUCUAUCUACAACAUUGUAAAUAUAUUGAUUAAGGUAAAUUGUGAUAAAUAAAAAUAUUUUUUAAAGUU